AUGUUGGUGGGGAUGGGCUUCGAGUGCGAGAUGUUUUUGGUUGCCAUGAAUUCACCGGAGCGGAGAGGUGAGUUCACGGGCUUGCUGGAAGGACCGCGACUUCACAUGCUGAUCGGAGAAGGGCGUUGCUGUGAAUCGAUAUGGUAUCCACACCUCAUUCGCUGUGCUUUCACCACUUCGCCCUCCAUCACACCAGUCGAUGAGAGCCAGCAGCUUUGCUUCAUCCAAGUACGAACGGCACGCGUGGUCCACGGAUCAUGUAAACGGCAUCAUCGCUCCAAGCCCCAACAUCCCAUGUCCUGCUUCGUAGUGAAGAAGCUUCAACCUCUGCAUGCAACCUGCCAUAACGCGAUCAAGAAUGCUACAAAGGCGCUGAAGCUGCGCCAACUGGGUACUUCCAGCCGACUCAAAGGCGAAUGUUUAUUUGCACAAAUUCAACGACCCCGAAUGAAUAUUCUUGACCAUCUCGCCAUCCAAUCGGCAUGUAUGUGUGGCCAUGGUGGUCAGCCUGCCUGUUGUAGAACAAUGCAUGAAAGCCAGGAACGAGAGGACCAGGGAGGGAGCGAGAAUGUGAAAGAUACCUUGGAAGUCACGGUGCGAAGGAGUCUCAUCGAUAACACUGAGAAGGUGGCCUCGCCAGAAUCAAUGCAGCAGGGCUUUGAUUCGUCAUCCUAUGGAGCUCAGCUUGACCAUUCCGCCAUCAUAGGUCGAGAGAUAUUAAGUCCAUCGAGUCAUGCAAGUCCAGCCAAAAAGAAAACUCUCUCCUGCUCGAGUCGCUCCAAAAAGGUCCGGCCAGUCUCUCGUGUAUUUCGUAUCCCAUCCCGGCCCGCCCUAUUUCUGCGGAACGAUGAUUUGAACUUCGAGGUUAUUGGAGCGCUAGAGACGAAGUCGCGUUCCAGCUCUGCUCUUCGCCCCACUGUUUCGAUAUAG